UCUGAAAGGUUUUCAUGCUGCUCACAAAAUGAGGCCCAUGAUGUAGAGGAAGGAGGCGGGAUCAGCUCGGUGUGAUCAUCUGAGCUGAAGAACGGUCAGAUCCCUCUGAGCUACAAUGAGAGGCGCAUCUCUACGACGUCUGUUCUUUCUGAUCUUCUUGCUGUGCUUAACAACAGUUAAAGUCCUCCCAGCUGGUCUGACUGUGAGUCCCAGCAGAUCUCAGUUCUUUGAAGAAGACUCUGUGUUUCUGAGCUGUGAGGAGGACAACAUCUCUGCUGGAUGGACUGUGAGGAGAAACACAACCAGAGGAACUCAGUGUGGAGAUGGAUGGGGGAAACCAGAUGGAUCCUCCUGUAACAUCAGCAUCCUCUUCAUAGAGGACACUGGAGUGUACUGGUGUGAGUCCAGAGAGGGAGCAGCCAGCAGCAGCAUCCAGCUCACUGUCUCUGGUGGAUCAGUGAUCCUGCAGAGUCCUGUCCUCCCUGUGAUGGAGGGAGAUGACGUCACUCUGAGCUGUCAAACAAAGACUUCCUCCAACCUCCCAGCUGCUUUCAUUAAAGAUGGCUCCCUCAUCAGGACUGAGCCUGCAGGUCACAUGACCCUCCACCAUGUGACCAGCUCUGAUGAAGGUCUCUACAAGUGUAACAUCAGUGGUCAUGGAGAGUCUCCAUCCAGCUGGAUCUCUGUCUCAGAGAAAUCCUCCACAUCGUCUCCAACAACCACUCCUUCUCCUACAUCAGCCUCUCCACCCUCUUCCCAGUUUCUUCCCUAUGGGCUCCUGUCUCUAACUGGUGUCGUUGUUGUGGUUUUACUGCUGGUUCUACUGGUGAAACAUCAGGUUAACAGGAAAUCUAGAGGUAAUCAGGAAGUUGGAGAGGAAAGUAUCAUUUACAGCGAUGUUAAAAUAUCCCAGCAUAAACAACGGAGAAACAAACCAAACAAAGAUCUCAAGCAGCUGUGCUUCACUACUGUUCUGUUCACUGAGAUGAAGAAGAAGAAGAAACUUUAAUGAUGUGACUCCUGGAGCCAGACGGUAAAAUGUUGUUAACUUCCAGCAGAACCAGAAGUGGUCCAUUCUUCACUGAGGUCCUCCAGUUCCAGCAGAAAUGUCCAGCUGUCAGCUUAUCUUCAGCCUGCAGAUAAAGAUCUACUUCUGCUGAAGAUCUGCUUCUUUCUCUGGAAAUGAGUUCAGCAAGAUGGACACAAAGGUCUCCUGAAUGUAUUUCAAUGUUUCAUUAUCAGUGUGGUGUUCAAUGUUCUCAGUAACUUCAGUUAUUUUCUGUUUUCAAUGUUUGGUCUGAACUGUUCUAACCACAGCAGCACGAUGGUUCCUCUGCAGCUUCAACAUGUUUAACCUGCGGUUCUGUAGUUUGUUUCUAACAUUUCAGACAUGAUGUUCCUGUUUGUUUGUGGCUGACCAAUGGAAACGAUUCUUCAGAGCAGCUUGGAAAGAAAUUAAACCAAAACCGCUGAAUAAAACCUGCAGAAAACCCCUCAGUGUUAAACCAAAGCAGUUAGCUUUAGCUUGUUUUAAUAUUUUAUCUAGAAACGCUUUGAAUGAACAAACCAACAAAAUGUCAUAAACUGCAGGUUAUGUUGAUUAAUUAAAAUAAAUUCAGUGUUUGUAUAUUUAUAACAAAUAGAUCUACCUGAUGGGUCCCAGCUCAGCCAUCAGUGGGUUUUACCUCUGAUCAAUCGACCAACCUGGAGAAGAUCUAAAGUUGAUUUAAGGUCAUAAAGAGUUCCCAGUUUUACUCUGAUUUAAAUAUUUAGGUUUUUACUCAUAGAUCCAAACAAUAAAAUUCUAGUUUAAUCAGAACAUCAGACAUGAAGCUCUGACCCGGGCCUGUUUGACCCACUUUGGUACCAC